AUGCCGGAUGAUGGUGCAGUCAACACCAUCAACAAGAAGUUGUCAAGUGUGAGUAUCAAGAUUUCUGACAAAGGAGCUUCUAAAAAUUGCUUAAGCUAUGCGGAAGUAUACCCAGAAGCACGCUGAUCCCAACUCAGAAAAAUUUUUUUCUAAUUUUUUUCUUGUUUUUUUUUUUCGAGUUAUAACCGCUAGAAAGGUGAAGUUCCCAUAUACCGAAUUUCACUCAUCAAUCUAGCUGAUUCACGGCUAGCUUAUGAUGCAAAGAGGCGUGGCCUGUCUGCGCUCUCCACCAACCAGACACUGUCUCCUCAUCGUGUCAGGAUCCAUUUUUCGAUGGCUCAAGCUAGCCGUAAAUUAGCUAUAUUACCGUAAAACCCCAGAAAGAUCAAAUUCUUAAAGGAAGCCGAAUGGCUGAGCAACUUCAAGGCGAACGUGGCGAGAAGCAGACAAAUCGGAGACGGAGUCGAGAAUUUAGUUGAGAAAUUCGAGCACCGCAUUCAGUCACUCGAAAAAAAUGUACUACCCAUCCAUGUCGUAAAUGGGAAGCUUCAAAGGAAACAAAAUAGUAAUUUCUAAUUUUUUUGUGAAAAUGAAUCCGUUUUUCCUCAGAUAUUCAAAAGUUGAUCUCUACGAUUGAUGCUACUCUGCAAUUCUAUGGGAGGACAAAUACGGUAGAAAACGCGAUUCGGUGAGUUCUAAUUUCAAGGAAAGUUUUUGAACUAUUUCAUGACGUAUUUUCGAAGAUUCCAUGAAAAUUGCUUUUUUGAUUAUUUGUUUUUAUUUCGAAGAUCUUAUUGAAUUUCCCGUGGAGCUACUUGAGCUACAAAAAACCUCAAACAGAGAAAAUUAUAAGUAUAAAACGAUUUUUUUUACAAGAUUUUUUGGCUCGUUUAUUCUAGGCUGUUCAGUAUUUAAAUUUCGUCCUUGCUCAAGCUCCGCCCCUUCAUGGCGCGAUAAACCCCGGAAAGCGAGCCAUCCACAGAGCGUUUUCGAAUGACGUCAUUCUUGACGUUAAAAAUCUGAACGGACUAUAUUUACUGGGCCUUAUUUUCGAGAUAUUUCUCUUCUUUGACAGAGCUGAAUUCUCUCAGACUCGAAGUUUAUGCGAUUCAAAAAAAAAUAUUUCGAGCUGGAGAAAUUUUAAUGACUUUUCAGAAACAACAAUCCCCUCACGGAUAUGCAGUCUUACCUCGGCAACAUGGAAUGUUUACAACAGGCCAUCAAUUUUUUCGAGGCCCAUCCAAACUACGCAAACCAGACAGAGAAUAUGGUAGUGGACCGUGGAAAAGCUUUGAUAAAUUUUCAUUCGCAGAAAGUUACUCUGGACAUCGGCUUCACCAUACUGGAAAAGUCGUUCCGUUCGCUUUUGCAGAGCAACACAGUGGAGAUGGACGCCGCAGCUUUCGCCAAAUUUGUGUCCGAAAAUGGUUAAUUUUUGUGUCCUCUAUGCUUCCUAUAGUCUGUUCGUCGCGACUUUUUCGAGUGUCUGCGUCUCUCUGUUCCCUCACCGGGGAGGUCAUAGAAACGCGAAAACAGCGCGUCAACAAGAGAGGGUCGUCGAGAGACGAGGGGGGCGCAGAGAGGUCCCGCCUUUUCAAAACACGAAAAAUGGACUAAACGUUUUAUGUACUGAUUGUUUUCACAUUACUUUCGGCACAAUUUCGGACUUUGCUGAAAAUCUUCUGAAAAGUACUCUGAUUCUUAAAAUAUUUUCGUUCUCGUUUUCCGACUUUAUUAUGGUAAAAUGGAUUUUUUGCACGUUUUAGGUUUGAACUUCCGAUGAAACUGUGCUUGAAUGUAUUUUAGGACCUACUGAUUCCAGAACAAGAAAAGAGUUUCCCGCAAUAGUUCUGGUUUCCGAGUUAUGAAGCUUAAAAGUCCGCAAAAUACCCUACCCAUGCCAAAAAAGCGCUACUUCAAGCUUUUGAAUCGUGUUUUGCCACUGUCCUUCGUUUAAAAAAAGUUUCAUUCGAUUUGGACGACGGAGAAAAAAGUUACAUUUUUUUGGUAUUUUCCCAACCGUUAAAAAGGGGCGGAGCCAGUAAAAAUUCUGUUGGAAAUUUUCGGGACUUCGUGUAGUUGUUGUGACCAAAUUUUGAGCUCAGAAAAGUCAAUUUGAAAUUUUGGUAUCAACGGUUCAUCGCGUUUCUGGGGGAAGGUGUGUUAGCUCGAAAAUCAGAACUAUUGUGAGGUUUUAUCUUCUUUUUCGGCAUUCGAAAGGUUCUAAAGUACUCUUCAGCAAAGUUUGAUCAAAAGUUCAACCGGAGGUUUUUCAAAAACGUUCCCUAGUCAGAAUUUUCCGUAAACUUUCGAAUCUAGAUCCAAUUAGAAAAAAAUAUUUUUGAAAUUUCGUGUCUUUUUUCUCUUUUUUUGUUUGAAUUGUCUGAAUAGCUUGGUAUCUUUCAAUUUGUCAGGCAUACUUUCCGCUGAACAACGACUCGCCGAGCUGAGAGCUGUGAAUAACGAAGAGCCGAUUAUCAAACUGGCCACAUGGUUCCUCAAGCAGAAUCGAACACAGUUUUUAGGCCACUACUCUGAAUACAGGUUCAACGUAAGAUACUUCAGAAGGAAACGUUUUUUGUUUCAGAGGGGGAUUUAUGCUUAAAACCAUACAAUCCAUCUUACAAAAUUAUAAGUCAUUUGUCAACGGAGCCCGGGUAAAGAGGUUUUUUUUAUUUCAUGUUGAUUUUUGUAAAUCCUUGCGUUAAAGCACGAAGAAAAGUGGGACGAGAAACGAGAAGUUGGAAAAGAAAGAGAACGAGAUCACAGAAGUCGAGGGCUGUCUGCUCAUCUGCAUCUCUCUUUUGUCUCUGUUGGAAACUGAGGAAAAGUUUCUGGUGAAGGCGAUUCCGGACACCACGCGACGGGCACAGGUUGCUUCUAUUUCUGUUUCUUUUGAUCUCUUGGGCGAAGUCGGAAUGGUGGAUAAUGAACGCAAAAAGGCAACGAAAAGAGGACCUUUAUCGAGCCUUUUUGCGCCAUUUCAUCGGCUCUUAUGCAGCCUUUUUGCUGCCUCUCCCUUUUUCCACCAUUUUUUGAGCCUUUGAAAUCCCAGAGGAAGGCUCGAUGAAGGGACUCUCUUUGCUGCCUUUUUUGAGCCUCUCCCUUCAUAAUCCACCAUUCCGACUUUGCCCGAGACGAGAAGGUUUAACGCGACGUUGAGGUGUUCCGAGAAUUGGUGUCGCGUCCGCUGUCGUUUGUGAUCGGACUCACGUUUCGUGUGGUACAGGAAAAAGACCCCGGAAUCACUCCACUUCUCCCAUUGCUCCAGUUCCUCUCGGAAAACCAGGCGCGGUUCCACAAUCUGGCGACGGUGCUGCUUCAAUCUCCUCUGUCAUAAACCGGCCUGUGUUCAGAACAGUUCAGCAGACGUCAACUUUGAGCAAAUGAUGCGCGUGAUGCAAGUCAAGUGCUCGUCCUACCUAACAGAAGCCGUUGUCAACCUCAACGAGGACUCGAACAAGUUCGUUCCUCCAGAUGGAAACGUCCAUCCCACCACGGCCACGGUGUGUCGAUCCCCAUGAAAUCAUUCCUUGGUCUGCUUUCAGACGCUGAACUUCCUGUCCAGCCUGACGGUCCAUCGCGUCUCUGUCACCCAUCAAGUUUUGGCGAUGACUGCACCUCAAGGACAUAAUCCCUCCUUCCUUCUGCCCAAACUUUUCGGUUCACUACUACAAUGGCCACCUAUCUAAGUUUUUUUUUCAGCUCGUGUUUUGUCAGCUCUUGGAAGCAUGUUGAAGAAAAAGUGCGAGUAUUAUGACGAUCCGACAUUAGCCACCAUGUUUCUUCUAAAUAAUUACAAUUAUAUUGCGAAAGUGAGUAGAUUUUCAUUUGCAGCAGUAUAGUUUUUUCUCAGACUUUGGCCGACGAAGAAGAUGGACUUUUGCCAGUUAUUUCCGAGCAAAAUACAAACAUUCUCUCUUUUUAUCAAACUGAAAUCUCCAAUUGUCUCAGACAAUACAUGCAAAGGUUUUUUGUCCUAGAAGUCUUGAACAAAGUUGGAUAUUUUCAGUUGGAGCGGAGUUAUUAACUCGCUCCAGUCGGUUAAUCGCAUAGGGGAUGACAAGAAUGCAGCUCGGGACUGCAUGAUGGUGAGUGAUUUCGAGGGUCUUUCAAACGUGUUUUCAAAACAGUUACUUUCAUCUGAAUUGAUCAAUUUUCUAUCUAUUAACAAGACGAGAGCAAGUAGACGCUGAGUUGUACUUUGCGAAAAUCCGCCAAGAUUGGAUAAUUUCCAACAUGCUCUGGCCAAAAUUGGGACAUUUUUAUAUGCCGUCACGGGUAUAUUACAGUAUAACCCCCACAUAUGGGGGUUAUACUGUAAUAUACCCGUGACGGCAUAUAAAAAUGUAAUAUACUCGAGGACUAUUUCAAAGCAGUGUGGGGGGCGAAUAUGAAAGAUUGCCCAGGAGUUACUGAAUCGGCCCCCGUUUUGUACUGCGGAGGAGGCAUUCUAGAAUACAGAUUUGUCCCCAUAAGCUGGAAAGGAGGAAAAAGGCUCCUUAGAAAUUUUCCUUUUAGGGUGACAAAGGAACCCUUUUUGCUGCCUUUCUGCGGCCUUUUUUGAGCCUCUCCUUUUUAGCGGCCAUUCUCAACCAUUCCGACUAUACCCGAAAAGAAACUCAGCAAUCGUUCGUAAAAGCUCAGAGCAAUGUCUAAUUUUGACCGCCCGUGUUUCAAAUUAUAAUUUCCGUGUUUCCAAGCGGUAUUUGCAGGCGUUUGUGAGGGAGUUCGAGCAAGUGCUUGCUCAACAAGCGGACUACUGCGUGUCCGACGUCAAGAUGGCUUCGGAGAUCCGUUCGAAAGUGAAGCAAAGCGUCUGGAAAGGCUACGCACCUCUUCUCGAUGCCUGCCAAAAGCUGCACGCUUUCCCUCAAGGCUUGAAGUACACCGAAUCUUCCUUGCAAACUGUCAUCGACAAUUUGUUCAGUUCUGCUCGUAUUACACACUGA